AAAAUUAUUUUGCGGAACUUCUACGAAUCCUUUCAGCAGUUAGUUGAAGCUACGUAUCCAUAGUAACCAAACGCAGACCCCAACAAAUGAAGUCGGACUCGGACGGAUGACGGAUCAUAUAAAGUGAAGAGUUAUGGGUCGGGAUUACUAUGCCGCCUUGGAAAUCAACAGAAAUGCAACAGAUGCUGAAAUCAAAAAAGCGUAUCGACGUCUUGCUUUGAAAUAUCACCCCCAAACGAAUGACCAGCCAGGCGCUUACGAAAGGUUCAAUCUGCUUGCCGAGGCCUAUGAUGUUUUGAGUGAUCCUCAGAAAAAGGCCACAUAUGAUAAGUUUGGAGAGGAGGGUUUGAAAGGAGGCAUUCCAGAGGAGGCAGGAGAAAAUGGAGCUUGGACAGCAGGAUACACCUAUCAUGAAAAUCCAGAUAAAAUAUUCAGACAGUUCUUUGGGGGAGACAAUCCUUUUGCUGAUUUCCACUCAAGAGAGGGACAUGAGGUUAACAUUGCAUUUGGUGGACUGCGAGGAAGAGGAGUAAAAAAGCAAGACCCACCCAUCGAGCGAGAUCUCCACUUGGCUUUAGAGGACCUCUUUUAUGGAUGCACCAAAAAGAUAAAAAUUUCUCGCAGGGUUAUGAAUGAAGAUGGACACACAUCCAGCAUCAAAGACAAGAUUCUGACAAUCAAUGUCAAACCAGGAUGGAACGAAGGGACCAGAAUAACAUUCCCAAAUGAAGGAGAUCAGGGCCCUAAUAAUAUCCCAGCAGAUAUUGUGUUUAUUGUGCGUCAGAAAAGCCAUCCUCGGUUUGCCCGUCAGAAUGAUGACUUGAUUUACACCGGUCAUAUAUCUCUGGAGAAGGCUCUGACAGGUUUCUCUGUGGAUGUGGAGACACUAGACAGCAGGCUCCUCAGUAUUCCAAUCAAUGAUAUUGUGCAUCCCACUUACAGUAAGGAGGUCCCGGGUGAGGGGAUGCCACUAGCCAGCUGCACGAACAAGAAAGGAAACCUCAUCAUCAAGUUUGUCCUCUACUUCCCUCAGAAGCUCUCCCCAGAGAAGAAACAGCUCAUUAAACAGGCGUUUCGUACCUGACGCUUCAAAUCAAGAGCCUAUUCAGAAUGCACUAAAAACAAGGCUUAAGCCAUUCCUUCUUCCACCUUAACCUCUAUUCAAUACAUUUUUACACUAAAAUAAAAUCCAGUACUUUAAAAUAAAGUAAAAA